UGAACACGAACUCAAAGAAACAAGUCGGAGUAAUGCUUAGUGUUUACCUUAUUUAAUUAUUACUUAGAAAUAAGAUAAAGCCUGUGUCAAUUCGAAUAAAUAGCACAUUUGGUCGUUUGCAAGAAGUGUUUUAGAUCAUUUUUCAGACAAUUUAUUAAGUAGUAAAAUAAUACAAAAUGACGAAAGGAGACCUAAUCAAAGGUAGCACGGGCAAAAUACUCAAUUUCGAUCAUCUCACGUUUUGGGUGGCCAAUGCUAAAACGGCUUCAAGUUACUUUGUCACCCGCUUUGGCUUUGAGCCAUUGGCCUUCAGGGGAUCCACUGAAGAACGGCCAGUUGUCUCUUAUGCAGUUCGAUUAAAUAAAAUAACAAUUAUAUUUGAGUCACCACUUUCUAAUGACAACGAAAUAUCAAAAGAUUUAGCAGCUCACGGAGAUUUUGUAAAGGAUGUAGCUUUUGAAGUAUCUGAUCUAGAAGCGAUUGUGCAAAAAGCGAAGAAAGAAGGUGCAGUUGUUGUUAAAGAUGUUACCGAGGAAAAUGAUAAAGAUGGAAUAAUAAAAUAUGCAGUUUUAAAAACAUACGGUGAUAAUACACACACCUUGAUCGACAGAUCGAAAUACUCAGGACUCUUAUUCCCUGGCUACGAAGCGCUUGAAGAUGAUCCACUGAAUAAGCUCUUACCUGAAACAAAUUUACAUUUUGUGGAUCAUGUCGAAGGUAACAUGGCGGAUGGAACUCUCGAAGAUUCGGUCAGUUGGUAUGAGAAGAACCUUAACAUGCAUAGAUUUUGGUGCGUGGACUACAGUCACGAUUUAGUGCCGUAUUCUUGCAUAAACUCUGCAUCUGUCAUUAAUCAGGGAGAAACUGUACUUCUAUCGUUAAACGAAGCAGCAAAGGGCAUACGACCAACGAGCAAGGCGACUGAAUUCGUAAAAGCUUUGGGUGCCUCCGGAGUCGAACACGUAGCACUCUAUACGGAUGAUAUCGUCUCUACCAUGAAAAGUUUGAAGACACGAGGCGCUGACGUCAUAUCAUGGCCGCCUACAUACUAUGACAUGAUAAAAGAAAAACUUAAAAACAGUCCUGUGAAUGUAACUGAAAGUAUAGAAGAAUUAAAAGAACAGAACAUUUUGAUAGACUUCGACGACAGAGGUUACAUGUUGCAAGCGUUCACUAAGCAUUUGCAAGUCAGACCUACCUUGUUUAUUGAAAUCAUACAAAGAAGGAAUCAUAGAGGUUUUGGCGCAAUGAACUACAAAUGGGUGUUUGAAGCUAUUGAGCUCAUGGACAAAGAAGCGAAAGAAACUUAAAUACUAAUUUUAUUGAUAUACUUAUUAGCAAUAAGCUUAGCAUUAGGAUAUGCUACGGUGAUGGUCUUAUAAAAUAUUGAUUUAUUA